UGAGGAUUUGCACGGAUGCUGCUGACGUGUGUGUGCACACGUACGCACACAGAUCGCGCAAGCUUUUACAUCAUAGUUUUCUCUACAGAACGUACAAUUAAUUCGUGGCCGUUUUAUCCAGUGUCGAGACAUAUUAAGUUCUUAUCUCUAGACGAAAAGACAACCAGAAUAUCAAGUCACUCUUAAAAUGGAUAUUUAGCCUGACACACGCCGUGUACGCGUAAAUAUAACCAUUACCACAUAGUAAACACAUAGAACAUUUUACACGUAAUGUUUUUGAUUAUGAUCUUAACCCUCGCUUGAUACCGAUAGUUCCAGCAACCUCACAGGCCAGCGCCCGGGUCAGCUCCGAUCCAGGUAUCGUUCGGCAAGGAUUAAGAUGCAAUUGUUUACGGCGGCUGCGCGAAUAUUUCUGAAUUGUCAUUGGUCGAUCAAGUAAUAGAGGCUAGAUAGGGUAACUUAAUUAUGAGCUUAUCAUUACUACUGUAAUGCCACAUAAUAUGAUUCGUUUGAGGGUCUAGCACGCUUAAUGCUUAAAAUUAAAUUACUCGCGUUUCCGAUACAACUGCCACAAGUGCUUCGCCGAACAUGUGAUUUGGAUGUUUCAUUGUUAAGUAAUUUUACAGUUUCUCUGCCGUGAAUAAAUAAUCUUUCUUUGCUUCCGACUAUGAAACUCAAGGUUUAGAUAUCGAUAAUUUCCUUUGUAAUCUGAGAUUUUUUAUUUCAAAUUAGUCGGUUACGUUUUGAUAACGGCUAUCUGGCUGAGAUAUCGCAACAUCACAAGACAUAUUCAUUUAUUAAGUCAGUCCAAAGAUUUGAUUCAAUUUUUGAGUCGGGUUUGAUUUUAUUUCUGCAUUCACACAAUGGAAACGAAUUAUUCAUCAACCGAAGAAUCGCCGUGAAAAUGUCAUUUUUACAAUAUAUAAUACAGAUCAGACGUCGUUAGCAUUGUUAUCCGUAUUAUGUGAAUGUGACGUUAUUUGUUAAAAAAAAAUUUGGAUCAAACUUUUCGACCGACUCACUUUUACCGUGACGUAAAAAUUUGCUCAUUUUAAUCGGGACGCGGGUGUUCCGCACGUGUUGCUCAUUGUUGGUGACAAGUGGCGUAUUUUUAGACAAAACGUGAAUCAAGAUCUAUUUCGUAUUCAGAUUGUUUCAUCAGCACUUGCCGCCAGCAGAUGGAAUUCGCGGAGUAGUAGUAAUCAGUAGUAGACCAACCGUAUCGACUAACACAAUAAGUUCUUAACUGGUAUUAGUAGGACGUAUAUCCUAAGUCUCCUUCUCCUUCUUCUUUUUUUUUUUUUGUGACGUGCACGUCGUUUUUUUGCAAUUUGUUUUUUUAUCCUUUGUUCCAAUAGUUCCCUCUUUCAGUUAUAUCAUAGCUUACAUAGCUAUAUAGUAGCAGAGCUUUAUUAUAUUAUAGGUACAUAGCUUUACUUUAUUAGGUGAGAUACCUUAUUAAGCGAGAUAGCACGUAGGACUCCGCAUCGUAUAAUAAAUCUCCGCCUUUGUAGAUUGUUGUCCGUUACUAACAGAAUUGAAUCAUGCGAAGCGCGAUAAACUGCGAAACUGAUUAAACACCUUUGCAACGUAGAAUAAUCUGAGGAAGCUCGGACAAAGUGUGCUCACGCGCGAUUAUCAAUCAAAAUAAUGGAAUUGAAGGAAUUCAAAGAUGUUACAUAUGACGGCUCAACGAGAUUUCUAUUAUCGUGAAGUUGUCGUACGAAACUAACACCGGCGUUAAUUUUCCUCGUAUAUGUGUGUGUGUGCGUGUGUGUAUAUAUAUAUAUAUGUGUGUGUGUUCUGUGCAUGUAUGCAUGUGUGCGUUUGCAUGUGGAACGAAAAAGAAGCGGAACCGAGGCAAACGUAUCUUCAGGGAGAAAUGCGUAUAAUCCGAUAUCCUAAAAUAACGUGCGUGGGCGAAAGCCGCAUUAAGAAAGCGUUCUCUUAGCACUCCGUGUUCUCAAAUUUUCGGUAACUCGAGUCAACUCGAUAUAUUUGCACGCGAGAUUGAGAAUUUCAUCUGUACACGGAUCAGUAGUAUUUUCGUUCGCGAUGCGAUUGAGAAAUGUUGAGCGUUCGUCACAGAGUUGGACAAGCCGAAUGCCUACCAAGCUGAUCGUCGCGGUUGGCCGGUGAUGAUUUAAUUUCUAUUUCAAUUAUAUCUCCGGUGUUUGCAUUAUUUUUCCUUUAUAGUCAGGUCAGAAGUUCUUAUUCGGCUAUGUUCUUAUUUAUCGUAAUUUGGAUAUAAAUUUAUCAUAAUUAUAAUUAAUUAUAAGUCGGUAGGUUAUUAUCAAGCUAGGUUAAGUUCUUAAGUUUUAGUUUUAGUGCAAGUUCGGCCGUGAUGAGCGAAAUGAUUCCGGAUAACACGCUUCGUUGAUAUUCCGUCUGGCGAAUGUAACGUUUCGGUGCUUCCGUUCGGCAAGAAUGGUAUCGAUCGAAUGUAGCAUGUAAGUUCGAGAUGUUCUACCGCGAAUACGGCGAAGUCAAUUUCGAUAGUCAAAAUCGCGCUCGUGUGCAAGUCGGUAUAUUUUUGGGCAAGACAGUCAGUGAACGUCACGUGACAUUGUAGGAGCACGCCUCCACACCGCGGCGUCGGGACGCCGCCGCCGACGACUAUUUAAGAUAGACCAACGACUCGCGCCAAAUCAGAAGUCGAGUCGACUCUGGAAUCAUCUGGUAAUCUUCGAGCGACGACGAAGUCUCUUACGUUCCACGUGGAAAAAUGUCGGUCGUGCCGCUCGUUUUUCGCGACUGGUGGGAGGACUUCGAUCGUCCCAUCUCACGGCUGAUGGAUCAGCACUUUGGCACCGGCCUCCACCGUGACGACCUGAUAUCCGGUUUCACCGGCCUCGGUCUCAAUCGACCCCCCCUCCGAUCGAUUUUUGGGAAUACAUACUACCGGCCGUGGAGGAAUGUGGCGCGUCAGAAUUCAAGUGGAUCUAGCACGAUCCAGUUGGACAAUAAUAAUUUUCAGGUGAUACUGGACGUGCAACAAUUCUCACCGGACGAGAUCACGGUGAAGACGGUCGACAACCACGUUAUAGUCGAGGCCAAGCACGAGGAGAAGCAGGACGAGCACGGCUACGUCAGCAGACACUUCGUACGCAGAUACGUCCUGCCCCCAUCUCACGACCUCGUCAACGUCACCUCGACCCUCUCCUCGGAUGGUGUACUAACUAUCACGGCACCCAAAAAGAACGUGACGCCGGCUGGCACGGAAAGAGUCAUCAGUGUUGUUCAAACAGGAGUGCCAGCUGCUAAGCCGGUUCCCGUCGAGGCAACUACUACGACCACUACCACUACCACCACCGAGUAACGAACAUAUCAUUAAAGACUCUCAUUCCGACGCUCUUUCACUUUUCUGUUUCUAUCGUCGAUAUUUUAUAGAAUUAUUGUUUCUACCGUCGAGACAAUUUUAUAAAAUUAUGUAAUUUUGCGAUAUUUACACAGAAGCAACAUUUUUUCCAAUAUGCAUCGUAAAAAUAUAAUUUAUUCGUACGUUACGCAAUUAUA